AUGAGAUUUCUAGCUCUACUAUUCUUGUAUGUAACAUGUUCUGAGGCCUUCAAGUACUUGGUGUACAACCCCAAAUUCGGAGCCAGUCAUGCCAUGUUGGUGGGCAAAAUCGCUGACGAACUAGCCUAUGCUGGGCAUGAAGUGGUGAGAAAUCUGUUCCUUGGAAGAAAAACCCGUUUUUUGGCCAGAAAAUGGAGUAAUUUUUGUUGUUUUAGGUAGUCCUGCAGCUGAAUAUCAGCCCUGAGUUAAAACCGGGCCAUACCCACAAAAGCAUUCGACUGAUCACCAGAGACUUGGACUACAAGUUCGAAAACCCGACAAAAAACUUCUGGGUGGAGGAGUUCACGGGCUUUUUCAAUACUUUAGACGUAAGUUUGAUGUGGGUUGUCAAAGUUUAGUCAGGGGAGUGCUUGAGACAGGAAGGAGGGACUGUGUAAGCAUGGCUGCAAGCUAAUUUUCGAUGAGUCAGGGUUGGGGCAUCUUUGUGGUCCGAUUUGAAUUGGCUAUAACUUCUUUAGUUCUAGCCCAAGUCUUAAAAUUCUUUUUUUACCUGAAUCCUCAGACAACCCCAUUUUGUUUGAUACCAAAUAUGUUAUACAUAGUAAGUGUCAUCCAAAGUUAUUGGAGUUAUUCUUGGAGUUCAUUUUUUCGGUCGUUUUUUGGUUGUUCUUUCGGUCUUUCCCGGUGUGUCCGGAAAUGGAGUACGGUGCGGAAGAAAAAUACGGUGGAAUUUCACCUCCCGAAAAUCGACGAUGAGAAUAAGAAGAAAAAAAGAAAAUCAACCUCCAGAAUUCGUCGAAUGGUCCUUGGUGAAGGCAUUCGCUCGGUUUUGACCAAACUUCGUGUACUCAUAUGCGGAUUUUCUCGGAAUUUUGACAAAGCUUCUAAAUUUUUCAGCUCCGUUCGUACCCAUCUUUCCUGCUUUUUUUGUUUACUGUUAACGCUGCCAGUCUCAAGGAACUUGUUCCACCAACGUCGAAUUGUCUUGCGAUCUGGAGGUUAGGCAUUACGUCCGUAUUUCCUUGAACAUUUAUCGCCAAACCGUACUUGCCAUACCAAACCAUAGACCAAGCUUUUGCUUCCACACCGUACUCCAUUUUUGGACACACCGGGAAAGACCAAAAAAACAACCGAAAAACGAUCGAAAAAAUGAACUCGAAGAAUAAAUCCAAUAACUGUAGAUGACACUUACUAUGUAUGACAUAUUUGGUAUGAAACAAAAUGGGGUUGGAUGAGGAUUCAGGGAAAAAAAGAAUUUUAAGAUUUGAGAACUAAAGAAGUUAUAUCCAAUUCAAAUCGGGCCACAAAGAUGCCCCACCCUGUAUUAUUUUCCCGACAGACUGAUAUUUAUAGUAUCGAGAGCUCAACCCGUCUGAAGAAAGCAUGGCCGCAAGCCCGGGCCAAAAUUUCGAAGGCCAUGAAAAUUUUGGAAGCGGCCCGGUCGACCCGGGUAAAAUUUCUUGUCUAUCAGUUUGUCGGGAAAAUAACGGCGGGUCGUCGCUUCCUGAGGGCCGCCGAUAAAUAUCAGUCUGUCGGGAAAAUAAUGUGCAUUCUGUCGCAUAAAAAAUCGCCGAGAAAAUGAAUUGUGUCGCGGCAAAAUCAAAUCGCUUUUUCACUUCAGCGACACGACCGGCGCAGCGACAUUGUGCCCAUUAUUUUCCCGACAGAAAAAAGGUCAAGGUUUCAGCUGCUAUAUUACAAUUAAUACAAUCUUUUCCCCACUCUCUUACUCAAUGGAUUCGCUUUACAGAUGAUGAAACUGAUCGGAAGUAAAUUCCGAGGGACCUGCGAAUAUCAGCUGAAAGACGAAGGCCUAAUGGAAGAAUUGCGCAACGAAAAAUUUGACGUUGGACUUUCCGAGACGUUCGACGUUUGUGGCUACGGGAUUUUCGAAAAAAUCGGCUUGAACAAGACGGUUGCCAUCAUCGGCUCCUCAAUGUUUUUGCCGGAGUCAAGUGGUCUUGGGAUUCCGACCCCAACCAGCUUUGUGCCCGACCUUUUCGGGCGAGGGAUCGACGGAUUCAGCGGAAGAUUAAAGAAUUUCUUUACGUAUUUUAUGGGAAAACAGUUUAUCAUGCCGGCGUUUACUGGGGAAAUCGGGAAGGCGUUUAGUUUGGUGCCUGGACGUCCAGAUUACAGAGUAAGCUAUAGUUUUAAAAAAUCAGAAAAUUUGUUUAGGAGCUCAUUGCCAGAUCCUCGUUUUUUCUGGUCAACGCAGACGAAUUUGUCGAUUAUCCGCGCCCAAUCUCCCACAAAUACAUCAACGUUGCCGGCUACGGGAUGAGGAGAGCGAUGGCGAAGACUGGAGAGUUGGACGGGGAGUUCAAGAAAGUGUUUGAAAAAGCCCAAAAAGGCGUAAUCUACGUCUCAUUCGGAUCAAUGAUGCAGUCCUCAUUGAUGCCAGACGCCUUCAAACAAGCCUUCAUUGAGGCGUUCGCCUCUUUCCCCGAAGUUCAGUUCAUUUGGAAAUACGAAAACGCCUCGCAUAAUGUAGCGGCGGGAAUCGAGAACAUUGUGACCGGCACAUGGCUCCCUCAACGUGAAAUUUUGGCACAUCCCAAAACACUGGCAUUCCUGACUCACGCGGGAAUGAACUCGGUGACUGAGGCCACGUAUUCGGGAGUCCCUAUGGUCUGCUUGCCGGUUUUUGCUGAACAGCCCAGGAAUGCGGACAUGGUUGUCAGAAAAGGGAUUGCGGUCCAGUUGGAAAAAUCCAAGCUGACCAAAGAGGCGAUUCAGAAGGCUUUGAAGGAAAUUAUUGAGAACAAAAGGUAAGAAAUUGAUUGAUUUGACAAAGGCCAGAGAUUUUUUAGUUGAAUUAUUUACUAAAUGGUUGAAAAUUCACAAGGAAUGUAACCCCUAGUGGGACGCUCAGAUUUUCUUUAAAUUUUGCAUACGUUUCGCGCACAGGCCAUAUAUCAUUUCCUGAAAAUUUUAGCUCGCGCUUUGCUGGCGCAGCCGAGAUAUUCCACGACUUUUGCGGCCGAGAGAGUACGCAAAAGGCGGAGUGCGGUUAGAGAAAAAGUUUUUUUUCCGUAUCGUUGUCAGUUUCGGAUGGAAAAAUUGAUUUUUUGUGGAAACAUUGGUCUCUACAGUAUAACUAAGCAUGUCAUUUUUAUGCCACAAUUCGUAAAAAAACUGACAAUUUCGAAAAAAUUAUCCUUAAUUUUAACCAGGUUUUAUCAACAUCAGCGUCGCACUUAUGCUAAAUAGUUUGAAAAUAUGGUUUUCCUCUGGAUAAUACAAGUAUUUCCCAUUUCAGCUACAAAGAAAAGUCCCAGAAGCUCUCGAAAAUCAUCAGAGACAAGCCUCAAAGCCCGGAAGAGCGGAUCGUCAAGGCUUGUGAAUUCGCGGCUAAAUACGAACUGCACGAACACCUUGAUCUCCCCGGCCGGACCCUCGGCGUUAUUGAGUUUUAUAACAUCGAUGUGAUCGCUCUUCUCAUUGUUCUACCUAUCAUUGCAGUUUUUAUGAUUCUAAUUGCCCUCAGGCUACUUGCCCACAAGCUCUCGCAAAAAUUGAGCAAAAGCAAGGAGGAGUGA